GCGUUGUUUACUGCGGGGAAGAAAGUUUCUGCUGAUCUUAGGUUACGGGCAAUCGCCAGGAUAUAUCUCUCCCCUCUGUGAAGUUCACACCCAUUUCUACACUUACAUAUCUCGACCUAUCCCACAAAGAGCCUCGCAUCUAAGCACAUCCCCCCUCAUAUAUACUCCACUCCAACCCUCGUCUUCGCAAUACCGUCCCCAACCGGACUCUUCACCAAACAACCCCGCAAAAAUGGACAUCACCAGCCCGGAAUUCCAAACCCUCUACGCAUCCAUGACCACCUUCGUCAACACCUGCAUGUCGGGCCACGACCCCUCCCACAACCCCGCCCACGUCCACCGCGUCGCAAACCUCGCAAACACAAUCCUAGAAGCCGAGGCCACCGCCCUCCCCACCCGACCCCUCGACCCAGCAGUCGUCAAACUAGCCGCUCUGCUCCACGACAUCGGCGACAGGAAGUAUCUCCCCACACUUGCAUCUGCGAGCAACGAGUCCAAAUCCGGGGCACCCACCAGCGAGCAGGUCGACGUCGAUCCUAAAACGAUGGUCCAAAUAGCCCUGCUCAACCACGGGGCUCCCGCGGAACUAGCUGCGAAAGUCCAAAUGGUGGUCUCCCACGUCUCCUACACGACCGAGUGUAAAGACCCCGCGUUGAUCCGUCGGCUUAUCGACGAGGACGGGUACCCGGAGCUAGCAAUCGUGCAGGAUGCGGAUCGACUAGAUGCCAUCGGGGCGGUUGGGAUCGGGCGGACGUUUACGUUUCUCGGGGCCCAGGGCAAGAAAUUUGCGGGGGAGAAUGGGUGGGAGAUGGGGAAUUGUAUAGAGCAUUUUGUGGAGAAGUUGGAGAGGUUAGAGGGGAUGAUGAAGACGGAGACUGGCAAGGGAAUGGCGAGGGUGAGGACGGAGAGAUUGAAGGUUUUUAGGGGGUGGUGGGAGGAGGAGAUGGAGGUUGCGACUGCUGGCGCUGUAUAGGAAGGGGCUUAUAGUAGAGCUACCGUGUAGAGGUGCCAACUUAUAGAUGAUGCAAUUUACGAAUUUAAAAGGUGCGGGGC